AAUGCUUGGCUUCCCCUUCUCUGAUCAUCUCUCUCUCUACCUCACCAACUCUUUCGCUCUUUCCAUCUCCAUCAUGGCAAAGCUCUCUGAUUCCCGCAAUUCCAACCGUUCCGAUCGUCGAAACAAAUACCUGAAGCCGAAUCCGGGUGGCCGGAAAUCAGGUCCUCGGAAAUUGGCGACUCUAUUCCAGGGUUUGGGGCUCCAAGACAAAACCCUUCUUCUUUCAUGUUGUCGCCUACGUCCGCAAAGAGCCCUAGCCCUAACCCUAGAUCUGGAAUCCCGAGCGCACCUCCUACUCCCAAUGCACCGGUGAGGCACGGUCUCCGGCCACCGUCUCGCCUCGGGGCUCGGAUAUGCGGCAGGCUUUUCGCCGAUGAAUGCAGAAUGCACAAGCAGUGUGGCAACCGCCGCACUCUCUGUUGUGCUAGGUGUACUAGCUGCUAUAUAUUGAUUAUCGUUUCAAAGGAUGCAGGCAUCCACGACAAUUUGGGCUGCUCUCUCUAUGACUAUGAUUGGUGGCAGAGUCACUCUACUUGUGGUGUAUUACAGAAUGAUUGUAGUGUUUCAUUGAAGGGGAUUCUCUACCAUGGUUGGAGUUGGUCAAGUGUUGGAGGCGGAGCUUUGGUGCCGUCUCAAGGGUUUGGGAUUGAUUGGGUCGCAGGUCUCAGCUUGACUCCAACCUAUUGACAUGCUUCAUCCUCUCUACGUUAUUGUCAAGAAUUUUCAGGUUAUUGAAGAAGGAUUUGCUUUAUGGAACCAAACAAGCUUGGAGACAACUUGGCUGGGUUAGGGCAUGAUUCUUAUCCUGGUUGCAGAUUUUUCAAUGUCCGUAUUUCUGUUGGAAAGUGAUUGCUCCAGCUCUGCUGACAUAGUUAGUUUUCCCCCCUUCUUCUGGCUUUUGCGAACCCGUACAUUUCCUCAUGUAUUGGUAGCAGUUGUUUUAUUAGCUAUCUGUACUACAGUAGCAAUAGUAGUCAUAUGUAAACAGCUUCAACUUUAUAAUAUUAUUUUUCUUUUUCUGAA